GCGCCGCCUACCCCGCCCGGCUCAGCCCCGCCGGUCCUUUCGAUCAGCCCGACGCCUCCAGUCAAAGGUCGAGCGUCGACCGUGUACCGCGCGACGACGCCCUCGGGCGCCAAAGUCGUCGUCAAGUACGGUCACGACCUGCUCGCCGCCGCGCGAGAGGCGGACGAGGUCUUUGUCAACCUGCCCGGCGGCGGCGGGCUCCCGAUCCCGACCUUCUGGGGCAUCUUCGAGGGCAACGUCGAGCCGGAUCAGCCGAGGAGUCUCGUCAUGGUGCUCGAGGACUGCGGCGAGCCGAUCGAGGGCGGGUUCCAGUCGCUCUCGAAGGACGAACGGCGAAAGCUGUACAACGCGCUGGACGCGUUCCACAGCAUCCACUUCCAGCACGGCUCCUUCUCCCCCUCGUCCAUCGUCGCCCAGCCCCUCCCGCCCUCGUCCACGUCCACCUCGCCGAGCGACGUCAAGGAGAAUCGCAAGCUCACGAUCGUCGGGUACUCGCAGGCCGAGUGGCACCUGUGUCCCGGCCCGCACGAGUGCAAGGAGCUCGUCGAGGCGAGGCGGGCGCUCGGGCUCCGCGAGGAGGACGUAGCGAUGGAGCAGCAGCCGGCGUCGGCGAGCGAGACAGACUGAAACUCGUCGAGUAUCUCACGG